UGUCCUCCCCCUCUCUCACAAUUGUGUCGGGUGCUGGGGGUCUGGAUCAUUUCCCUUCCCAUGCCCCCACAUGUAUAUAAAUACUCUUACACUUGCACACAUACUCUCCAUGAUCUCUCUCUCUCUCUCUGCAUUUCUUAGAAAUUGCAGGUAAUUAAUGGAGUCAUCAGCGGAGGAAGUACAUGCAGUGACGGCGUUUGGAUGGGCGGCCAGAGACCAGUCUGGUAUACUUUCUCCUUUCAAGUUCUCAAGAAGGGCAACGGGGGGUGAAGACGUGAGGCUCAAAGUGUUGUAUUGUGGUAUCUGUCACACUGAUCUUCACAGAAUUAAAAACGACUGGGGUGACUCCAAUUACCCCCUCCUCCCCGGGCAUGAGAUUGUUGGUGUUGUGACUGAGAUCAGGUGCAAGGUUCAAAAGUUCAAAGUUGGGGACAAAGUUGGGGUGACGGGCCAGGUUGGAGCAUGUCACUCAUGUGACAACUGCGCCAACAAUCUUGAAAAUUACUGUCCCAAACUGAUAGAGACCUACAAUGGCACCUACCAUGAUGGAACAACCACAUAUGGAGGUUACUCUGAUCACAUGGUCACUAAUGAGCAUUACGUGAUCCGCAUUCCUGAAAACAUGCCUCUUGAUGCUGCUGCUCCUCUCCUCUGUGCUGGGACCACAACUUAUAGUCCCUUGAAAUAUUUUGAACUUGGCAAGCCUGGUAUGCAUGUGGGGGUGGUGGGUUUAGGCGGCCUUGGCCAUGUGGGUGUGAAGUUCGCAAAGGCUUUGGGGGCUAAGGUGACUCUGAUUAGUACAUCGCCUAACAAGAAGAAAGAAGCCAUUGAACAUCUUGGUGCUGAUUCAUUUUUGGUCAGUCAAGACUCUGAUCAGAUGCAGGCUGCCAUGGGGACAAUGGAUGGUAUCCUUGAUACAGUAUCCGCAGUUCACCCUCUUCUACCAUUGCUUGGUCUACUGAAGUCCCAUGGAAAGCUUAUCGUGCUUGGUGCACCAGACAAGCCACUGGAGCUACCAGUCUUUCCUCUGCUUAUGGGGAGGAAGUUGGUGGCUGGAAGUCUUACUGGGGGGUUGAAGGAGGCACAAGAAAUGAUUGAUUUUGCAGCUAAACACAACAUAACAGCAGAUAUUGAGGUCAUUCCUAUGGACUAUGUAAACACUGCCAUGGAACGUCUUACAAAAAGUGAUGUCAAAUACCGGUUUGUCAUUGAUGUUGCCAAUACUUUGAAAGCUAUCUAGUUGGCCAAUAUAGCUCCUGAACUUUUGGCAUUUUUGAUACUGCCUGAUGGUUUAUGUAUUAAUAUGUAAUUGCUUUAGAGUAUAGAUGCUCUUGUAUCCAAAGAAAAAACAGUUCAGGUACUUGUAUCAUCUGUUUUCUGUUGCUGGUGUCACAGCUUAUGAUACAGCGGUAUUGUGUAAUAUCUCAGUUUGAAAACAUAAAUAAAAGUUUGAGUGGUAAAAGUCUCUUACCUUCAAUAGAGAAAGCAGUUGAUCUGCUCACUUGAGCGGACACGCUUUGGCAUUCUCCACUCCACUGCUAAUCCAUCUAUUGAAAUG